UCCCUAUUCCCUCUCUCUUCAGGCGAGCAGAGCAGAACGGGACUGAGUGAGAGGAGGACAGAGACGCAGACGUGUGCAGACCAGAGCACACCAACUCCACAAAGACAAGAGAGGAGGAAGAGUUUGCAAGGAGAACAUAAGAGAAAGAAAGCAGCUUCUUCUUCUUCUUUUUAUUUUUUAUUUUUUCACAUCUGCAAACUGUGGUGGAUAUCAAACCUACAUCAAAAGAAUUCUAGAAGAACACAAAAAAAAAAGGAUUUGUGUGGCUUCACAGCUGAGAGGAAAAUAUUAGCAUUUGUUAUAGUUUUUUUUUUUCUCUCUCUCUCUCUCUCUCUUUUCCCUUUUAUUCUAUUUAUAUUCACCACAUAUUUAGAAUUAUUCUAGCGGAGUUGUGAGGUGUAGCAGGACUCUUGGAAGCAGGGACAGAAAAAAAAAAAGAAAAGAAAAAGGUGGACAGAGUGAAAAGUAAGGGGUUUUGUUUCAAGAAAGAGCAAGGCUGCCGUGGUGGUGAAUAUGCCCAUUAGAGGUAGCUGUUUUGAGGCAGGCAUGGGCAGGCUGGCCGGGCAGCCGCUCUGGAUGUGGGUGGUGAUGCUCUCUGCCCUGAUCAUGGGUGAUGCCAGUGCCUGCCCUGCCCUGUGUACCUGCAGCGGCACCACAGUGGACUGCCAUGGACUGGGUCUCAAAACCAUGCCAAGGAAUAUCCCCCGCAACACUGAGAGACUGGAGCUGAAUGGGAAUAACCUCACACGCAUCACCAAGAGUGACUUUGCUGGACUGAAGUACCUCCGAGUUCUGCAGCUGAUGGAGAAUCAGAUUACUGUGAUCGAGCGUGGGGCUUUUGAUGACAUGAAGGAGCUGGAGAGACUGCGGCUGAACCGUAAUCAACUACAGCAGCUUCCUGAGUUGCUGUUUCAGAAGAACCCUGGCUUGUCUCGACUGGAUCUGAGUGAGAACUUCAUCCAGUCCAUCCCCAGAAAAGCAUUCAGAGGAGCUACAGAUAUCAAAAACCUCCAGCUGGACAAAAACCACAUCAGCUGCAUCGAGGACGGCGCCUUCAGAGCGCUGAGAGGCUUGGAAGUGCUAACGCUGAACAACAACAACAUCAGCAGCAUCCCUGUCUCCAGCUUCAACCACAUGCCCAAAUUGCGAACUUUCCGUCUCCACUCCAACAACCUGAACUGUGACUGUCAUCUGGCCUGGUUGGCCCAGUGGCUCAGACAGAGGCCUACAAUUGGUCUAUUCACCCAGUGCACCGGCCCUCCUGAGCUCAGAGGUCUCAAUGUGGCAGAGGUACAGAAGCACGAAUUCAGCUGCUCAGGACAUCAGGAGUCUUCCAACCUGCAGCCGUGCAGCAUCGGUGGAGGCUCUUGUCCUGCCAUGUGCACCUGCAGUAACAACAUUGUGGACUGUAGAGGGAAAGGUCUGACCGCCAUCCCAGCCAACCUGCCUGACAGCAUGGCUGAAAUACGUCUGGAGCAGAAUGGGAUUAAGUCGGUCCCUCCCGGAGCUUUCUCUCCCUACAAGAAACUGCGUAGGAUAGACCUGAGCAACAACCAGAUCUCAGAGAUAGCUCCCGAUGCCUUCCACGGCCUGCGCUCCCUCAACUCCCUUGUUCUGUAUGGAAAUAAGAUCACUGAUCUGCCCAAGGGGGUGUUUGACGGCCUCUACGCCUUGCAACUCUUGUUGCUGAAUGCCAAUAAGAUUCACUGCGUUCGUGCCAACGCCUUCCAGGACCUGCAGAAUCUCUCGCUGCUAUCGCUCUAUGACAACAAGAUCCAAACCCUCGCCAAGGGCACCUUCACUUCGCUACGAGCUAUACAGACCCUUCAUCUGGCGCAGAACCCAUUUAUUUGUGACUGCAAUCUGAAGUGGCUGGCAGACUACCUGCGCUCCAACCCGAUCGAGACCAGUGGCGCCCGCUGUGCCAGCCCACGUCGCCUCGCAAACAAACGUAUUGGACAGAUCAAGAGCAAGAAGUUCCGCUGCUCCGCCAAAGAGCAGUACGUCAUCCCAGGUACUGAGGACACCCGUCUGAAUAAUGCCUGUAACAGCGAUCCAGUGUGUCCUCCUAAGUGCCGCUGUGAGUCCAAUGUCGUGGACUGCUCCAACCUGAAGCUCACUAAGGUCCCUGAGCACAUCCCUGCAUCCACCACCGAACUCCGCCUUAACAACAAUGAGAUUACAACCCUGGAGGCAACCGGCGUUUUUAAGAACCUUUCCCAGCUGAAGAAAAUUAACCUGAGCAACAACAAGAUCACAGAGAUUGAGGAUGGCGCAUUUGAAGGUGCAUCAUCCGUCAACGAGCUUCACCUCACGGCCAAUCAGAUCGACUCGGUUCGAAGCGGGAUGUUCCGUGGCCUUGAGGGACUUCGCAUGCUGAUGCUGAGGAACAACAAGAUCAGCUGCGUCCACAAUGACAGCUUCACAGGGCUUCACAACGUCCGUUUGCUGUCCCUGUAUGACAACCAGCUGACCACAAUCACCCCAGGAGCCUUCGACACUCUGCAGACUCUCUCCACUCUCAACCUCCUGGCCAACGCUUUCAACUGCGACUGUCGGCUGGCCUGGCUCGGAGACUGGCUGAGGAGCAGGAAGAUUGUGACGGGCAACCCUCGCUGCCAGCGUCCGGCCUUCCUGAAGGAGAUCCCUUUGCAGGAUGUGGCUCUGCCCGACUUCCGCUGUGAGGAGGGCCAAGAGGAGUCAAGCUGUGUGCCCAGACCCCAGUGUCCCAGUGAAUGUACUUGCCUGGAGACUGUGGUGCGCUGCAGUAACAAGCACCUCCACACCCUGCCUAAAGGCAUCCCCAGAAAUGUGACUGAAUUGUAUCUGGAUGGAAACCAGUUCAGUGUUGUGCCAAAGGAACUGUCUACCUUCAAAUACCUACAGCUGGUAGACCUGAGCAACAACAAGAUCAACUCUCUGACCAACUCAUCCUUUGCGAACAUGAGCCAACUUACCACUCUAAUCCUGAGCUACAACUCCCUGCGCUGCAUCCCCAAAAUGGCUUUCAGUGGACUGCACUCCCUUAGACUGCUGUCUCUCCAUGGCAAUGAAAUCUCCGAGCUCCCUGACGGCAUCUUCAACGACGUGGCCUCGCUUUCUCAUUUGUAAGUAGUGACA